GCAGAAGAGUCUUGUGAGCAACAGGACUUCUAUUCCAGCUUCAGCUUCUUUCCCCACAAGGUUUCCUGUUACACUUCAGCCAUGGGAUUUGGCUCCCUCACUGCCAUCUGCAGCAUCACACGUGUCUCCAUCCCUUGGGUGGGAAUAACAGUUCUGCUGCAUCUCUCUUUGUCAUUCAACGUUGAUGUGAAAGAUACAAUGACUUUUAGUGGUCCUGUGGAAGAUAUGUUUGGAUACAGUGUGCAGCAAUUUGAAAAUGAAGAGGGAAAAUGGGUUCUUAUUGGUUCCCCUUUGUCUGGUCAGCCCCAAAAGAAGACAGGUGAUGUCUAUAAAUGCCCUGUAGGACAGGGUAAUGGUUUGCCAUGUGUAAAAUUAAAUCUGCCAGCUGACACUUCAAUUCCUCAAGUAACAGAAGUAAAGGAGAAUAUGACUCUUGGGUCAACCUUAGUGACGAAUCCCAAAGGAGGGUUUUUGGCAUGUGGACCUCUUUAUGCUUAUAAAUGUGGACAUUCUUAUUAUACAACAGGCAUUUGUUCCAAUGUUAGCUCCAAUUUUGAGGUUGUAAAUUCCAUUGCUCCACUGCGAGAAUGCAAGUCCCAGCUGGAUAUUGUUUUCGUUCUUGAUGGAUCUAACAGUAUUUUUGAAUGGAAAGAUGUCACCAAUUUUUUGAAAAGAAUACUGCAAAAUAUGAGUAUAGGCCCCCACGAUACACAGGUUGGGAUUGUUCAAUAUGGAGAAAAUGUAACCCAUGAAUUUUAUCUCAAUGCAUAUUCAACCACAGAAGAAGUGCUUGUAGCAGCAAGCAAAAUUAAACAGAGAGAAGGAUUUGAGACCAUGACAGCUCUUGGCAUUGAAACAGCAAGGAAUGAAGCAUUUACAGAAGCUCAUGGGGCCCGCCCAGGAGUACAAAAAGUCAUGGUAGUUGUGACUGAUGGAGAAUCUCAUGACAAUUACAGAUUACAAAAAGUGAUUGAGGAUUGUGAAAAAGACAAUAUACAGAGAUUUUCUAUUGCUAUUCUUGGCUCCUAUAACAGAGGGAAGCGAAACCCUGAGAAAUUGAUUGAGGAAAUCAAAUCCAUUGCAAGCAAGCCAACUGAAAAGCAUUUCUUUAAUGUCUCAAAUGAAGUAGCUCUCCUUACAAUUGUUGAAGCUCUUGGAGAAAGAAUAUUUGCCUUGGAAGCUACCAAUGAUCAACAGGCAGCUUCUUUUGAAAUGGAAAUGUCUCAAGUUGGCUUCAGUGCCCAUUAUUCUCAGGAUUGGAUCAUGCUUGGAGCAGUUGGGGCAUAUGACUGGAAUGGGACUGUUGUCAUGCUAAAGGACAGCAAUUUUCUAAUACCAACUAGUAAUGCAUUUGAUGAUAGCUUUUCAGAAAAAAAUGAAAGUCUUGCAGCAUACUUAGGUUAUACAGUCAAUUCAGCUUCUGCACCUGGAGAUCUGCUAUACAUUGCAGGGCAACCUCGUUAUAAUCACACCGGUCAAGUUAUCAUAUAUAAAAUGAAUGAUACUGAAGUAGAAAUACUCCAGAAAUUAAGUGGUGAACAGAUUGGAUCGUAUUAUGGAAGUGUUAUUACAACAAUUGAUAUUGACAAGGAUACGUAUACAGAUCUUCUUUUGGUGGGAGCACCGAUGUACAUGGGGACCGAGAAAGAAGAACAAGGCAAGGUGUACAUUUAUUCUUUAAACAAGAAAACCUUUGAAUAUCAGAUGACACUUGAGCCUGUAAAACAGACCUGCUGUUUGGUACACAAAGAGAAGGAUUGCACAAACCACAACAAAAAUGAACCAUGCGGAGCUCGUUUUGGAACAUCAAUUGCUGCCGUAAAGGAUCUCAAUCUUGAUGGUUUUAAUGAUAUAGUCAUAGGUGCUCCUCUAGAAGAUGAUCAUCGAGGGGCUGUGUAUGUUUAUCAUGGAAAUGAGAAGAGUAUAAAGAAAGAAUAUGCCCAGCGUAUCGCUUCUGGUGGAGAUGGUGAAAAGAUGAAAUUUUUUGGACAGUCAAUCCAUGGUGAAAUGGACUUAAAUGGAGAUGGACUUACAGAUGUGACUAUUGGAGGCUUAGGGGGAGCAGCUCUUUUCUGGUCUCGAGAUGUUGCCCAAGUAAAUGCUUCCAUGAAAUUCAUGCCCAACAAAAUUGAUAUUCAAAAACUAAGCAGUGACAUGCAAAAACAAAAGUUGUAUAUUAACUCCACAAUUUGUUUUGAAAUCAGAUUAAAGUCAAAAGACAUCACAAUUAAUGAAACAAAUAUACAGUACUGGUUUACACUUGAUUCACAAAGAAAGGUGUCUCGAACACUUUUUGCAGAAACAAAUGAACGGAAGAUUCAAAGAAACAUCACAGUUAGAGGUUCAGAAUGCAUUAAGCACAACUUCUACAUGUUGGGCAAGCCUGACUUUCGUGAUCCUAUAAAGGUUUUGCUGGAGUUUAAUUUUUCUGACCCCGAGAGUGGACCAAUCCUUGACAGUGAGCUGCCCAAUUCAGUAGCUGAAUAUAUCCAUUUCACGAAAGAUUGUGGAAACAAGAACAAAUGUAUCACUGAUCUACAGCUGACUGCUAACGCAACCAUAGGGGGAAACAGUUUAUCUCCAUUCAUCAUCAGAUUGAAUAAUUUGAAGUUCUGGGUCCAAAUGUUGGUCAGAAAUAAAAAAGACAGUGCAUACAAUACAAGAGUCUAUGUGCAACAUUCUCCAAAUAUUAUUUUUUCUGGAAUUGAGAGAAUACCAAAAGAUAGCUGUGAUACUGGGCAGAACAUCACUUGUAAAGUAGGCUAUCCCUUCCUGUCUCCCAAGGAGGAGAUUUUCUUCGAAAUAGCAUUCCAGUUCAAUGUGUCCCACCUCCUGGGAAAUGCAACAAUUCACUUUUCUGUUACAAGUGAUAGUGAUGAACUUGAUGAGACUCUUGGAGACAACAGAGGAACUAUUUCAAUUCCAGUAAAAUAUGAAAGUGGAUUAAUAUUUAAAAGAGAAUCUAGUCCACAUCAUAUCAUCAUUGCUGCAAAUGAUACAAUACCUGCAGUCAUUAAUUCCACAGACAAUAUUGGAGAAGAAAUUAAUAUAAACUACUUGAUUGAUAAAGGACAACAUUUCUUACAGCCACAGCUUGCACUGCAAAUCUCAUUUCCAAAGAAUGUUUCAAAUGAAAAUCAAAUCCUUUACUUCACCAGGAUAUCAUAUUCAGAGAAUGCAAAAUGCCAAUCCAGCCAUCCAAGUGAUUUGUUAAAGAUUGAUAUGGGCAAUCCAUUCACAACAUCAAGAAUACAAGAACCUCUAAAGGAUCCCAACAUAGCAAAAAUUCACAGCGUGGAACUCAUUGUGAAAGCAAAUCUAAGGAGUGAAAACUCAUUAAUGAUCUUGAAGAAAGAGAAUGAAAAAAUAGAGACAAUAAUUCAAAUCUCAAAGGAGCUUCUUCCUGGCCAUGUGCCAUUAUGGGUUAUUUUGCUGAGUGUUUUUGCUGGGCUCCUGAUUCUUACCUUGCUUAUAUUUGCAUUAUGGAAGGCUGGAUUUUUCAAGAGGCCCUUAAGAAAGAAAAUGGAGAAAUGAGAAGAAACUCCAGAAAAAGAAAAACUCUUUAACAGUUCUGCAAUGAUCUGUCCUCAGGUGGACUUCUGAGAUAUGACUAUAAAUCAAAUCCUUGGUUUAAUGUAGGAAAGGUCACAGAAGUUUUAUUUCAAACAAUACUAUAUGCUGAGCAAUAAAAGAAACAAAAAGAAAAACCAACAAAUCAAAGAUAGAAAAAAAAAUCCUGGAAGGAAAGUUGAUUUUUUCCUUUUCCUUUUUUAUAGAUGAGCAGGACUGAAAAAUUGUGCAACCUUUUUUGAACUUGGAACUUUUUUUUUCUGAUAACUUUUUCUUCAUGGAUAUACAAACAACUCUGAAGCCAAGGUGUAUUCAAAACUAGGGAGAGAGCAAAGAGACCAUGAGCUUCAGUGGUGCAGUGGUUACAGUAUAGUACUGCAGGCUACUUCUGCUGAUUGUCGAUGGCUUGCAAUUUGGCAGUUCAAAUCUCACCAGGCU